AUGAGUCGCGAGAAACAAGACAUCAAUCUUUCUGAAACCACACAAAUUGUGGCUAAUCCCUCAUUACGCAAACGUAAGAGGCGUAAAUCGAGGGAAACUGACUAUACAGGACAUAAUCCGAUUAUGACGGUCAAACAACGCAAUAGACAAGCUAUAAGUAAACCCAAAAAGGUUUGUAAAAAAUGCCAACAGAGGGAAAAGGAGCUUGGAGCCGUGGAAAGUAAAUUAGAAAAAGUCGAAAAGUUAGUGGAUGAGUUAAAGACGAGCGUGGACGACGUUCACCAAGAAGUCAAAGACGAAGGGAGCGGUAACAAUAAGACAAUGUUUGCUGACUGG